AUGGGUCGAAGCAUCAACUGGCAAGAUGCAGUCAGUGGCUCCGCAGCCGGUGCCGUGUCCAAGACUGCCACAGCCCCGCUGGAGCGAGUCAAGAUGGUGCUUCAGAAUCAGCAGCUGUCUGUCGGCAGGGCUGCAAGGACACCACUGCGCAACGUGGUACACGCCGCUGCGCAGCUUCUGCAGGAGCCAUGCGGACUGAGAGGGUUUUGGCGCGGUAACUUGGCCAACGUCCUCCGCGUCGUUCCUACGUAUGGGGCCCGAUUCUGGCUGUUUGCCCUGUGCGACCAGACGCUGGCCUUUGUGCCACAGACAGACACAAGGCGCUUCAUCUCGGGCGGCAUGGCGGGUGUUGGUGCCCUGCUGCUGACGCAUCCUCUGGACUGGGCUAGCAGGGUAUAUGCUAGGGUGAAGGGGUUCAGCAUCUGCAUUGAGGAUGGUUCGGCGACGAUGAUAGGUCCUAAGGUUAAAGGUAUCGUACAAGCUUUGACGACAGUGCCUUCAAAUCUCCUGAUGUACACGGAAGUUCUGGAUUGCUUCCUGAGCGCUUGGAGAAAGGGCGGCGUGCGGGGGCUCUACGCCGGCUGCUUUGCCAGCAUGUUGGAAAUUGCUCCAUAUAGCGCCAUCGUCUUCACCUCCUAUGAAGGCAUCAAGCAGCGUUUGAUGCCUGCGGGCAGCACUGGCGUUUUACCAUCCGGGCCGCAGAUUCUGGCAGGAGCAUGCAGCGGGAUGAUUGCGGCAAGCAUUUGCUAUCCAUUGGACACGAUUAGGAGGCAGCUGAUGUUAGAUGGAGCACUUGGCUUUGAUGCCAGAUAUGGUGGCAGCAUUUGGAAAUGCUGUAAGAGCCUGAGCAGACUUCCGACUGUGCAGGCAAACAGUGUCGGGUUCUAUCAGAUCACAAAGUUGCUGAUCAUCCCCACUGUUAUGGGACUGGAACGAUUGCAGGGGCGAAAGUCGGCAGUUUACAGUCGCAAGGUGAUCCUUAGUAUCGUGGUCACAGCGAUUGGAGUGGCCGUGGCGACCGUCUCGGACUUCGAGAUGAACGUUCGCGGGACCAUCCUGGCGGCUCUCUCAAUCGUGAGCACUGCACAGUACCAAAUUUGGCAAGGCUCGAAGCAGCACGAGCAUGGCGUGACCGCUACGCAGAUCACGUACUCCGUCGCAUGGCCGCAAUCCAUUGCAGGGCUUGCAAGCUCGCUGACAGCUGAUGUGCUCAUGCCGCAGUUGAAGGUCCUCAUUCUAAUGAGACCAUCCUGCCUUCUGGAACAUCAGCUCUCAGGCCAAGGCGAUCUCUUCUGGAUCGCUCUCUGCAACGUAUUGGCGGUGUGUACCAACAUCUCUGUCUAUGGCCUCAUCGGCAAGACAUCCCCAGUGACCUACCAGGUGGUUGGACAGCUGAAGACGGUGCUUGUCGUGGUAUUUGGCUACAUCUUCUUCGAUGUUCGUGUUCCCCUGCAUUGGUUGAUGCUUCGCUUCGCAGGCGUCGGCGUUGCAGUCGUUGGCGUGUUCAGCUACGCCUUGUGCAAGAGUGCAGAGGGCCGUGAGAAGACGAGCUAG